AGCUGAUCGAAGCUGCGUGACAGAUGGCCGCUCGCGAGUGACGUUCGAUCUAAGUGCUGUUUGUUUACGAUAAUUUAAACAUAUAACGAUAUUAUUGCACAAAGAUUGUACGAGAAUGGAGCCACAGGACAUUUAUUAUAACAAAGCAGAAUACGUUGAGACGGCCUCAGGGAACAAGGUGAGCAGAUUGACAGUCUUGUGCGGCUCUCAGAACAUUGUACUGCACGGUAAAGUGAUAGUGCAAUCCGACGCUAUUAUCAGAGGCGACCUGGCGAAUGUCAGGACCGGUCGCUAUUGUAUCAUCAGCAAGAACGCGGUCAUUCGGCCACCUUUCAAGAAGUUCAGCAGAGGGGUGGCCUUCUUUCCUCUUUCGAUGGGCAAUCACGUGUUCGUGGGGGAGCGGGCGGUGGUGAACGCCGCGCUGGUCGGCUCUUACGUUUACAUAGGGAAGAACGCCAUAAUCGGUAGGCGGUCUGUUCUCAAAGACUGUUGCUACAUCGAGGACGGCGCGGUCGUGCCACCGGAGACUAUCGUGCCGUCUUUCACUCGUUUCGCCGGCAGCCCGGCGACGUGCGUCGAGGAGCUGCCCGAGUGCACGGUGGAUCUCAUGACGGACUUCACAAAAAACUAUUACGAGCAUUUCUUACCAGCGCGUGUCUAACCAGCGCGCCCCAUGCUGAUACUUCGCUUUAGCUUAAGGUUUAUUCACCGUACGAUUCUAUAUACGUUGUGUGACUUUUUGUCAAAGCCAAGUGCGCGUAUACACAGUAUUACACUCUUCGAAGGAAACGUUUCUUUGUUGCGUUUUGUCCGCAAUUUAUUUUCAUUGCAGCAGACUUCGUCAAAAACGAAGCCACAUUGAAAACGACAAUAGUCUUAUCGAGAUCGCCUACUUACAAAUAUUUGCGUGUUUCAAAAGAACAAUAUAUAAUGUACUUUCCAGUAACGAUUGUUUUGCACUACGUUAAAGCACUACAUUAAAUUCGCGGUCGACUCUCGUCCUUGUCACGAAAAUGCGGAAACUGCGCUCAGUGGGAUAAUAAAGUUUGUUUCGUUCGCGUCUUUUGCUUCGCGGCGAAUAAGCUCGAUAGGUCGGGUGCUUCUAGUGGGUUUUUUCUCUUUUUUUUGUGCAGAUUUUACGUUUCCGCAGGACACUUAGUCGAGGUACUCGAUGGCUUCUGCGCUCGGUGUUUCUGCGUCCGUUGUUUCCGCGUCCGUCGUUUCCGCGACCGUUUCUUUCGGCGUUUUGCGCAUGUUUUUCCUUCAAAAGAAAACGCGGUGUAAUAGCGCGAGAUACGGCACAAAGUCCAUGUACUCGCCAAGUUUCCGUCACCCUCGGAUCCUUACUUCUUGUGCCACAGCAGCUCGAGCGCAAAGAUGACCACGGCGAGCAGUAUCCCGUAACCCAUUAUGACCAGCGCAAAGUAACAUUCUGUAAAGCCGAUGGUGAUGAAACUCGUCUCACUCGUGCACACCGGCUUCUCCGUGUACAAGCGAUACUCUUCGCGUUGCUUGAGUCCAUAUUCUCGCAGUUUCAACGCUCUGAAAGCGUGCCAACGUUAAAUGUUCGCGACAAUAAAUAAUUGUAGCGUGUGACCGAGUACUCACGCGUUAGCGAAAUCCGUACGUUUGUUUACGAAAUCGCGUCUCUAAUAUUCUCUCGGCUCGCGCGAUUGCGGGUUUUCGCAUUAAUUCACCGAAAUAAAUUCAGCUGAGUCGUUUA